AUGGUGGGCGCGCUGGUCGGCAUUACCCUUUCCAUCUCAUACGUCCUGGGUCCAUUGCUAGGAGGCGGAAUUUCGGCUGGAUGGACUUGGAGAGGCAUCUUCUGGAUUAAUGUCCCAUGCGGCGCGCUCGCCCUCAUAGGUAUCUACUCGCUCUGGCCGGACGACCGACGACAACAAUACGAAGGAUGGACGGGCAUCCGCAAAAUCGACUUUCUCGGCAACUUUCUCCUCAUUGUAGCCUCGAUUCUUCUGGUAUUUGGUGUACAAGAAGCUGGCUCGUACGUGUGGAAGUGGUCUAGCCCAGUCAUCAUCUGGUCUCUGGUGAUAGCUGGGUUGAGCUGGAUUCUUUUGGGAGUCUGGGAGACGUAUCUGUUUUACGGACGAAACCAUCACAUUCAGCCGAUCUUCCCCGUGCGAUUGGCGACAGGCCGCGUCUAUCUAUCAACCAUCAUAGUCACGUUUCUUACAGGUCUUGUCUAUAUUUCCCUAGUCAUCAAAAUUCCCGAACGAUUCCAAGUCAUCUACGGCGACAGCGCCCUUCGAGCUGGUAUUCAUCUCCUCCCGAUGUUGGGCUCCUGUGCCUUCGGAUCUACCCUAGCCGGAAGCAUCUCCAAGAAACGAAACCUCACAAGCCACACUCUUGCGGCCGGGAAUUCGCUCCAGGUGAUAGGGCUGGGACUGGUAUAUGGGUUUUCGCACACGACGGAGCGAGGUGAUAUCCGAUAUAUACUGGGGUUUACGGCCAUAUAUGGGUUUGGCGUCGGCUUGUGCUUCGCCGCCUGUACCAUGAUCGCGGCUAUCGAGGCUCGCCACGGAGACUUAGCCGCUGCACAAGGAGCCGUUGCGCAGGUACGAGUGCUUGGCGGCUCGCUGGGUCUAGGCAUCUGCACCAUUAUUUUUAACGACAUAUUGCAGAGAUCUCUCGGUCCUGCCACGGAGGCUGGCAGAUUUCCUGCGACUGUCCUCGACCAGCUUCACAGGAGCCCGCUGGCCGUGUUCAUGCUUCCCCCUGAGCAGCAAGCUUUGGUCAAGACGGUAUACUCGGACGCGUUCAGGUUUCAGAUGCUCCUGAUGGUGGCAGUGGCGGCGGUGGCCGUUUUGGCUAGCUUGGGAACAUAUAGGUCGAAACCGCCCGCUGUUGUUGAUACGAUGAUCCACCACAAGGAGUUGGCGGCACGACCUAGCGACACCGAGUUGGAAAGCGCGAGUAGUGUCCGCUCACUGGUUCGUGGAGUCAGCUGA